GAUUUAUACUCCAAAAAAUACGGUACUUUGACUACAUUUCUAAGGGUGGAUUACAGAUCAAAUAACCAAUUUAAGUGUCACAAUUUCUUUCUGAAGGUUCAGAGCUCUUGUUGUAAUGUUGCCAGGAGUUGUUAAUGUAGGUCUACUUUCCAUAGCUGAUAUUUUAGUCUUUAGACAUCAAUUUGUUGCAGCUGAAACAACAUUGCACUAGUAGUGUACUACAUUCAUUGAUUAUUAUUCCCAUGCCUAAUGUCAACUGUACACAAGGAAACAAAUCAGUGCUACUUGGUAGAAACCGGGUUAAACGCGUGACGUCACACUGUGUAUUCAUAUGAACACACAUCUCUCCGAAGUGGCUGAGAUGGCUGUCCGUCUUGCUACUUUGUUUCUGUGAAGUAUUUCUAUGGAAACAGGAGAGGAGAGGAGGGUCUUUAACCAUGCACCCACACACUCCCCAGAGACCCGGAGAAGCGGCUUCAUUAAAUCACCUUUCAAUUUCAUGUACUGUACGUGCCACAGUGCCUAUAGACCGCUCCUUUGACAGCGUCCCCAUUGCUUCCCUGUGGGCACCCCGCCGCUAUUAUGGCGUUUACCUCUGAGAUGUCUCAUUAAUGGCACACUUACCUAUUGUUGGCUGUGGAUUACUGAACAAUCAUUGAUUUUCCCAACGCUAUAGCAGACGAUGGGGUUUAUGAGCAAUGACAAUGUUAUUCAGAGGAUUUUUGAAUAGGAAUUCUGCCCCAAUUAUGCCAUUAUUGAACGUGAGCACAGCCUUCCUGGGUCCUCCCAGCUGAAUUUAAUUAAAUGAUUCCAGGAAUAGCACUCAUGGCUCCAGCCAUUGUAAAUUUAACUUGGUUCUCUGGUACACGUGUUGACCUUGACUGUUUGAUGUUGAAUUCACGAUUUUGCAUAUGUAUGUGAAUGUGUGUUUUGUUUUGAUUAUAAUUUUUUUCAUGUUCCUCAUUUAUGUCCUCCACCUCUUUUCUUUUUCUGGGCUUAUCCAUGGGCAUGCUUCCCCCUUCUAAACUGCUACUGCUAGCGGGCUUCGUGAAAUCACCACUCUCUGAAACCAAGCUCACCGGAGACACCUUUGAGCUGUACUGUGAUGUCGUGGGUAACCCCACCCCUGAAAUCCAGUGGUGGUACUCGGAGAUUAACCGAGCCGAUUCCUUCAGGCAGCUGUGGGACGGCGCCCGUAAGCGGCGGGUGUCCAUCAACACGGUCUAUGGUGUCAAUGCGGUUAGCAUGCUGGGAGUCUCACAUCUGACGCUGGACGAUAUUGGGACAUACGAGUGCAGAGCCAGUAAUGACCUGCGACGUAACGACCUGCACCUAAAUCCCGCCAUCACCUGGAUCCGAGCGCAGGCCACAGUAACAGUGCUGCAGAGUGAGUGGUCAGUGUAGUGUAAAUGUCCUCCCACUCCUGAUAGAAACCAAAUGUAGGUCCUGUGUGAUUCAGCCUCCCCUCGAAAACCCCUUCACGGGACCAUUAUCUCCCUUUGUUAGUGUUGUCAUCCCUUGUAGAGUGAGGAAAACUGGACUCAUGUUCUUUUUCAAGGAGAGAUCAAUUGUGUUGUGCAACUCGUGUCCCCAUAGAGCCCAAAUCAUCUUCCCCACUUUAUUGUUCCCUGUUUUGGUCUUUUCUUUACCUGUUUUUUAUAAUCAUUCCUGUUGCUUACUGUCAAUUUGUGUUUAAAUUUGCUCGAAUUUGUAGGCCUAUAUAGUUCGUUUAAUGUUUAAUGAGACAAUGAUAAUUUGAAAAUAUCGUUAAGGUAAAUCUAUAUCUAUACACAAAUGACACACACAAACAAAACUCAAAACCUUUUGUAAAGUGUAGUUUAUGGGUCAAAGCUGGAGCUCGGGGUAAGAGGCCUGGCCUUACUGUCAAUCAAUUACAUGGCACAAAUAUACAACCACACUCACAUUUUCACCUGUAGAUAAUUUAGUCUCCAAUCGACAUCCAUCUAAGGAAGUCAGAAAACCAGAAGUAAGUCCAUACAACAGGGUUUUCCAACUGGUGGCUCUGGGGUCAAAUCCAUAUCGCCCCCAGAGUUCAGUUCAGGACUUAAGAAACAAACCUUUUUGCAGCAAAUUUCUAAAAACUCUAUGGAGUGCUCCUGUUCUAUAGAAGAACUUGGACCACUGUAAAGACAUUGCAGAUCCUUGCAUUGACAUUGCUAGCAAAUAUAGAACACUGGGGUCCAAACUUGUGAUUUAUAUAACUGAGGAGUUCCUCAAGGCACCCCUUUAAGUCUUCUCCUUAUUAGAAGUUACGUUAUGUAACCACGCUGUUGCUGGAGCUUGUUUACUUCAGAUGCAGUCAGUAGUUAUUUUGUUCAACUCCCUUAGUUACAUUAGUAGUGUUCCUCAAGGUUCCAUUUUAGAUCCUAUCUUUUUCAUCAUU